AUGUUUAUUGUCCAGGGUAGCAUUACUGCGUUCUUCGGUAUUUUGACAUAUUGGUGGAUGGUCGACUUCCCAGAGCAUGCCCAAAACUCCUUCUACUUCCUCACGCCUCACGAAAGUGCGUUGGCGUCUUCUCGGAUCGACAACGACAGGGGCGAUGUCAAACCCGACGACUUCGCAUGGUCUAAAGUCUUCGUUCACGCCAAGGAUCUCAAAGUGUACGGGUUCUGCACCCUUUACUUCCUGCAAAACCUUGUCUCGACAUCGCUAUCCUACUUCCUACCUAUCAUUUUGCAAGGCGGCAUGGGCUUCUCUUCGAACAAAGCGAUUUUGCUGUCCGCACCACCUUACUACUACGCCGUUCUUCCCGCUAUCCUGUCCUCGAUCGUCGGCGACAAGUUCCAGUUGAGAGGGCCUAUCAUAGUCUUCAAUUGCGUUACUUUGAUCGUAGGUUUCUGUAUGCUGGGUUUCUCGGACCAGGUCACCGUGAGAUAUAUAGGCACCUACCUUGCUACCGGAGCGUAUGUGGCGAACUGGGCGGCCAUGGCGACUUACCAGGCGAACAACGUUGUCGGCCAGUGGAAGAGGGUUUUCACUGCUGCAAUGGUCACAGCUUUCAACGGCGCCGGCGGUAUUGCUGGAAGCUUCAUUGUGAGAGCACCAGAAAGUCCAAGGUAUAUGACGGCCAUCUGGGUCAGCAUAGGAAGUCACAUCUUGAUCAUCGGAGUGGUGGGAGUGUUUUCGGUGUUCUUCUACAUGGCGAACAAGCGGCAGACUAGGGGGAAGCGUCUCCUAGAGGGAACAGAAGGUUUCCGGUUUACGUACUGA